AUGGGCCCUCGUCGUAUGCUGUUGUUGUCAUUACACGGAAUCUUUACUAAACAUCCCUUUGAAUUGUUCAAGCCCGAAUACUAUUGGAAAGCGAUGGCUGGAUAUUACCUCUUGCUAAGACAUUCAAGAUCAUUAUUAAGACAAAUGCACACGGCGAAUAGAACGCUAAAUAGAAUACUGAACACUGUGACAGACACUGUUACAAGUGCUACUACUGUACUACUUCUUACACAGAUGCCGGGUGAAUCACACAGCAGCAGCAGCACGAAGACUACGCAAGAAACAACGGACUGGAAGACCGACUCUCUUAUGCAGCAAAUCUUGCUCAGUGCUCCAUCCUGCACGACAGUAAUCUUAUUGCCACCACCACCACCACCACAGUUAAAGCAGCAAACUGCAUUAACUUGCUCUUCCUCAUCGAUUUUGAGAAAAAUCAACGGAACUUUUCAAAAUUUGACUAAGAAAAUGCUAUUGGCCCGAUGUCUUGAAAAUCAUAAAAUGAGCAAUUAUACGACGAAGACUAUAUAA